AAUGUCCACCAACCAUCCGACUCAUCUAUCCGUCCCAUCCACAAGCAGACACCAAAUCCAUGACGGCCUAUAUUCCUUUCCUCUAUCCUGCCCCGACCUCUGCUCCACUCAAAAGAAAGGAGAGGAAAACAGAGAGACAACAGAGAGCAUGGCUCUAAAGCUGUGGGCUUCUUCAACAGCCAAUGCACUCAAAAUCUCCUGCGGCGGCGCCAAAACUCCACCUUUCCUCCCCUUCUCAAUCUCCAGAUGCUUCUCUUCUGUUUUAGAUGGACUAAAGUACAGUUCUUCCCAUGAGUGGGUAAAGCAUGAGGGCUCGGUGGCUACCGUCGGCAUCACCGACCAUGCCCAGGGUCACCUGGGAGAGGUGGUGUUUGUGGAAUUGCCAGAAGCUGGGAGUUCAAUUUCCAAAGGAGGCAGCUUUGGAGCAGUGGAGAGUGUCAAAGCAACUAGUGAUGUUAACUCCCCUGUUUCUGGUGAAGUUGUUGAAGUGAAUACCAAGCUAACUGAAGUGCCUGGUCUGAUCAACUCAAGCCCUUAUGAUGAUGGAUGGAUGAUCAAGGUUCGACCCGGCAGUCCAUCGGAACUGGACUCACUAAUGGGUCCAAAGGAAUAUACGAAAUUUUGUGAGGACGAAGAUGCUCACCAUUAGGGCAAGAAAUGCAUGGGCACUAGUUCUGCUAACUGGCUUUGUGCUUCAUCCCAAGAGUAAAGGUAUCAUUCAGUCAGUUGAGUCUGUGAAGAGCAUCUCAUGUCAAUGGUUAAAGGUUAAAGCCAUUCAGUUAAUUCUAUUUUCUUUACUUUCAACCAGUUUCUUUGUUGCUAUAGUCUGCCUACCCUUACUUCUUUAACUUUGGUAGCAGAUGCUUCAAGGGUAAUCACUCUCUGUAACUUCAUGCAACUAAGGCCAUGUUUAUUUCCACUUGUAUAUUUUAUCUUCGCUAUUGCUAUCUCUUUAGCUUGUCACUGUUGAUUGACUCAUUACCAUGGAAGGCUUAUGCUGUUGUCCAAUGGUUGUAAGAUAUGCCAUCAUCAGAAAUGUAAAUUAAGACACUUAUUACAUUGGUGAUCUCCUCACUGGAUAUAAAAGUUCUUUUCCUUUA